AUGAUAGAGGCCAAGGAUACAUUGGGAGACACGCCCUUGCAUUUAGCGUGUGAAAAUGGACACGUUGACAUUAUCUCCUUGCUAUUGAAUCAGAAUGCUGAGCUUUUAAAAGCCAAGGGACAGGAUGGAUGGACGCCAUUGCACACCUCCUGCGCACAUGAGCAGACGGAUGUGACACGAGUGUUGCUGGAGGAUUUCAGUGCCAAUGCAAAUGCUCAGGAGGAACGAGAUGGGGCCACGCCAUUGCAUUUGGCAACUUGUAACAAUAAGCUGGAGAUUGUGCGGCUAUUGCUAGAUCAUGGUGAUGCAAAUGCCGAAUCCAAGACGAACGACGACUCGACACCGUUGCAUGAAUCAUGCAGAUGGAAUCACUUGGGGCUUUGCCGAUUAUUGUUCGACCACAAUGCUAACGUGGAAGCAGUGGAUCACAAGGGAUGGACACCGUUGUAUUUGACUUGUAAAUAUAGGUGCUUCCAAGUAGCAGAUGAGUUGGUGCCAGCACAAUUGCCAAGACGUUUGAUGGGAGGGCAUCAUUGUCAUUGGCAUGUGAAGAUUCCAGUUGGGAACUGA